AAAAAAGGGGGGCGUACCGUUCCGGACGGACGGACGGAGCCCGGGCUGCGACGAGUCUCGGCGGUGCCAGGCGGAGGAGAGCGACCCCGCGAUUGCUGCGCUUCGUCGGCGUCUUUACGCACAAGGAGCGCUCGUUGGAAUCACCGCGCGGAUGACGCUCCGGCACACCUUCCACGGGUGGGAACCACUCAGGGAGAUGAACCGGGCUGCAGAAUUACUCGCUCGGCGUUAUUAGCCCGCGACGUUAAAAAUAAGAAGAAGGGGAGAGAAAGAAAGAAAAAAGACCAAAAACAAGCAAGCCUCUUGUGGACUUGUGAAGUCCAAGGCAACAUGUCCAGAACCCUGAAGAAGAAGAAACACUGGUCCGGUAAGGUGGUGGAGUGCGCGGUGUCGUGGGGCAACCUGGGCGACUUCGGCUCCGUGGUGGAGGUGCUGGGGGGCGCCGAGCUGGGCCAGUUCCCUCACUUGGGCCAGAUGAAGCUGGACGUGCUGGUGUGCCGCGUCGGGAAGCUGCCCUACUACGGCGACGUGCUGCUGGAGGUCAACGGGACGCCCGUCAGUGGACUUACCAACCGGGACACGCUGGCCGUCAUACGACACUUCCGGGAGCCUGUUCGCUUGAAGACGGUCAAACCCGGCAAAGUAUUGAACACGGACCUGCGCCACUACCUCAGUCUGCAGUUUCAGAAGGGCUCGCUGGACCACAAGCUCCAACAGAUCAUACGGGACAACCUCUACCUGCGCACCAUCCCGUGCACCACCAGGCUCCCUCGGGAGGGGGAGGUGCCCGGCGUGGACUACAACUUCAUCAGCCUCGGAGACUUCCGGAUCCUGGAGGAGAGCGGCCUUCUCCUGGAGAGCGGCACGUACGAUGGCAACUUCUACGGGACCCCGAAGCCCCCCGCCGAGCCCAACCUAGUUCAGCCCGACCUGGUGGACCAGGUCCUGUUCGACGAGGACUUCGGCGGCGACGUCCCCCGCAAGCGCACCGCCUCCGUCAGCAAGAUGGACCGCAAGGACAGCGCCGUGCCCGAGGAGGAGGACGACGACGAGAGGCCACCGCUGGUCAACGGCUUGCCCGAGCACAAGGCCGACUGGAGGCGAGCGGUGCCCAGCUACGCCCAGUCCAGCAGCACCAUGGACUUCCGCACGUGGAGCUCGCUCCCCCGCGACGACAGCCUGGAGCCGCUUCCGCUCAACUGGGAGAUGGCUUACACGGAGACGGGCAUGGUCUACUUCAUCGAUCACAACACCAAGACAACCACGUGGUUGGACCCCCGCUUGGCCAAGAAGGCAAAGCCCCCCGAGAAGUGCGAGGAUGGAGAGUUACCUUACGGCUGGGAGGAAAUUGACGACCCGCAAUACGGCACAUACUACGUGGACCACAUCAACCAGAAAACCCAGUUUGAGAACCCGGUCCUGGAGGCCAAGAAGAGGCUCAGCCAGGGGACGGCCACCAUCCAGAAGGCCGCUACGUCUCAUGGUAAGAGCGGCGUGCCGGGCUUCACCGCCGACCCGAGCCAGCUGAAGGGCGACAUGUACCGCACGGCGCUGAAGAAGAGCUCGCAGGGCUUCGGCUUCACCAUCAUCGGGGGCGACCGCACCGACGAGUUCCUGCAAGUGAAAAACGUCUUCAGUGACGGCCCCGCUGCCCAUGACAACAAAAUGGCCUCUGGCGAUGUGAUCGUGGAAAUUAAUGGAUUAUGCGUUCUGGGGAAGACCCAUCCGGAGGUGGUGCAGACGUUCCAGUCCAUUCCCGUCAACCAGUACGCGGGCAUGGUCCUCUGCCGCGGCUACCCGCUUCCCCCGGACGUGGAUCUCGACACCGACGACCCUCUGCCGCCGCCGCCGGCCAACCACCCCCCGCAGGCGCCGCACGGCGGCGAGGUGGUGACGGCCGUGCCGCUCAUCAACGGGCAGCCGCUUUUGGUCAAAGGCGACGUCCUGCACGGCUCUUCCCAGGAGCUCCACUACGUCACCACCGACUCCAGCGGCCGGCCGGUCGUCGCCGCCUUGCCCGACGGCAGGCAGGGCGACUCGUCCGCCGGGAUGCUCCAACCGGAGCUGGUGAGCGUGCCGCUGAUCAAGGGGCCAGGCGGGUUCGGCUUCGCCAUCGCCGACUGCCCGCUGGGCCAGAAGGUGAAGAUGAUCCUGGACGUGCAGUGGUGCCGCGGCCUUCAGAAAGGGGACGUGAUCAAGGAGAUCAACAGGCAGAAUGUGCAGACGCUGAGCCACGCGCAGGUGGUGGACAUCCUCAAAGACUUCCCCGUGGGGAGUGAGGUCGAAGUGCUUGUGCUGCGUGGAGGUCAAACGUCGCCUGUGAAGAGUCUCAAGCCUAGGCAGGAAAUGACGGCCAGCACAGAGACACUGGACGCCAUCGGCGAUUCGGCUCCCCAUGCGCUACAUUACCACUCCAACACGAGUACCCUGCGUGCCGCCGCAGCCGACUCUCCCAAGCGAGACGCCACCGAGAUGUACCUGAAAUCCAAAGCCCUGCUGGAGAGCAGACAGCCCCACACCAAAGACAUCGAUGUGUUCCUCAAGAGGGAUAUCGAGACGGGCUUUGGCUUCCGUGUUCUGGGCGGAGAAGGUCCACAGCAGCCAAACGUGUUCCCCCAGGUGUACAUCGGGGCCAUCGUGCCCAACGGAGCCGCGGAAAAGGACGGCCGCCUGCGGGCCGGAGACGAACUCAUCGGCAUUGACGGCGUGAUGGUGAAAGGCCGCUCACACAAGCAAGUGCUGGACCUCAUGACCAACGCCGCCCGCAACGGUCAAGUCAUGCUAACCGUGCGCAGGAAAGUCAUCUACAGAGACGCCACAGAGGAGGAGGCUCAGGAAAUGGCGCCGACGCUGGUGAACGGCUCCCCCAAACUACCUCGGUUGCCCAUGCCCAGCGCCCUGGACCACGAGUCGUUCGACAUCACGCUGCACCGCAAAGACACCGAGGGUUUCGGUUUCGUCAUCCUCACAUCCAAGAGCAGACCCCCGCACGGAGUUAUCCCGCACAAGAUCGGCCGCAUCAUUGAAGGCAGCCCGACGGACCGUUGCGGCCUGCUGCACGUCGGCGACCGCAUCUCGGCCGUCAACGGUCGCUCCAUCCUGGAGCUCUCGCACAACGACAUCGUCCAGCUCAUCAAGGACGCCGGCAACGUGGUCACACUCACUGUGGUGCCCGAGGACGAGUACAAGGGUCCCCCAUCUGGUGCCAGUUCCGCUCGACAGAGUCCAGCUCUUCAGCACCGAGCCAUCGGACAACGCUCGGCACUCCAGGAUGAACGCUACAACCUGGACCUGGAAGACAAACGAGAUGGCGUCUCCUGGUCCGAACACAAAAACAUCCCAGUGGAGCAGGGGGCUCUGUGUGUGACCGGACCCAACCAGGGCUGUGUGACCGUUGAGCUGGACAGGAGCCCCAGAGGCUUCGGCUUUAGCCUGCGAGGGGGCACCGAGUACAACAUGGGUCUGUACAUUCUGAGACUGGCUGAGGAUGGCCCCGCCCAGCUGGAUGGAAGGAUCCACGUCGGAGACGAGAUCGUGGAGAUCAACGGCGAGCCGGCCCGCGGCAUUUCGCACACGCGCGCCAUCGAGCUGAUCCAAGCGGGAGGAAGCAAAGCGGCGCUGCUGCUCCGACCCGGCGCCGGCCUGACUCAAGAUGCCAGUAAAAAACACAUUUCUCCCUCCAACUCCACCAGAGAGGUGUUUUUCUCGGACACAUCACCCUUGUUCUCUCCAUACCUCACCGGGGCUUCCAUCCUCGCAUCCAUUCCUGACUCCGGCGGUCUGAAACACCCUCGCCGCCGGGGCGGCACGUCCUCGCCGCGGGGUUUGAGCUCGGUGGCGGAGCGGGAGGAACAGUGGGACGCGGAGACCGGGACGACGCCGAUGACGCCGGGGAGGAUGACGAGCGGCCCGAAAGCAAGAGGGACUUUAUUCGAAGCCAAAGACGAGCCUCGCGGGCCCGGGCGAACUGAGAGCCGGGCGCCUGUAGCAACGUGCGGCGAGAACAGAACCGCCCGAACGCGGUCCGCGAGCCUCGGGGCGGGAACUCGACCGAGCGGCAUCCCGAAGAAGAAGGACUCCGGGAGCGGCGAGAGCAGAGGUGGUCUGAGUUCGGGACCGAUCCGCGACCCGGCAAGACAAUCCCAAACCCGCAGAGCAAGCGAGAGAAGCUCUGUCCAGAGAGACGUCAACAGCGGCCAGAGCGCAGAGGACUGGAAGAGACGUAAAGACACUUGUUUGAAAGGUUCCCCAGUUACCCCGAGCAAGGCGGAACCUGUGGCCUCCGGGACUCCCGGGAGCCCUCCCAAGGGCCCACCCGUUAGCCCCGGCAAAUGGAAAGUACCCAGCCAAGCCCGGAUCCUCACGCAGGCAGAGGUCCUCCGCCACCCUUUUUGGUAGGAUCCUCAGCCGAUCGUUCGAAGUGCUUCCAGCUGACACUUUUAUAGCCCUUCGAUGGUCUUUUUUUUUGGGGGGGGGAUACACCGGUGGCGUGUAGCAGCCCCCAGCCCGCCGCCCCUCUGCCUCCACUCGUUGCUCUCGGAUAAGCGGAACGUCUCGCUGUGUGAAUUUGUGCCAAUCGCAUCCAUCCGCUUCAUUAUGCAAGGCAAGGAGGGAAGCUCACUGGGGAAUAUUUUUGUAUUUUGCAUGCAGUCGAUCCUUCAAGAUGACCGUUCUUCAUCGCCCCGUGUUCAACUCCAGACUGUUCGCUCUCUUCCAUACGCAUCCUUCAAAUGACCAGAAACUUGUGCUUUUUGACAUCUUGUUUACUGAGCGUACAAAACAACAGCGAUAAGAUUUGAUUCUGUGUGUGUGGGGGGGGGGGGUGUCGGGGUCCUCGGUUUACGACGUUUAAGUUCCGUUCCUACCGCAGCUACGUAACCCUAAUUUUUCUGGAAUUCGGAAUGCGCCGUAGUCUAUCACUAACCCACGCUAACCCAGUAGUAGACUUGGAAUUACGGUGGCCAUUUUAUGAUAGCGUUUGUCCUUGUUUGAGUCACAGGUGAGCUGGAACCCGUCGCAGCUGACUUUGAGUGAGAGGCACAAUACACCCUGGACUGGUUGCCAGGGCACAUAGACAAAAAAUGCUUCACCUGCACUACGGACUCGGGCUGCAACUACAAUUUCAGAAGGGCCGUCCGUUAAAUCUGAAUGUCCGUUAAGUUGAAGCACUUUCUCGUGGCCGAAAAAAGAUUUUUUUGUCCGUUCGACAAUCGGGAUCAGUUAAAUUGAGCUUCCGCUGUAUUUGAAUCAUCCAUUCAUCUGUAUUCUUUUUUGAACAUUAUUUUUAUUAUUAUAUUAUCUGGAUUCUUUUGUUCAAUUACGGAUGAAAAAAACAUUGUUACAUUUGCGUCCCUUUAUUCAAAAACGACAUUCUUUCAAAUUGACGGUGCAGGAUAUUCACUCACCAAUUGCUUCUGAUUCAGUAACUGGUUUGGUCUGUAAGAUGUCAGAAAUUAGGCACAAAUGUUGAUCAUUCUUUUCCAAAGUAAAAGAUGUUUGUAAAAGUUUUAUUUGUAUCAAAGAAAAUAUAAUCAGUCUGCUUUGAUUUAGCACUACAGAAAUCUGCGAAUAUUUACAGUUCACAUGCUGAAAUGUUAAGGAUUUGGACAAUUUUAAUUGAAACUCCAAAUGACUCCAAACGAUUCAUCGUUUAUCGAAUUGGAUAAUUAAUUAGUUGUCGAUUCAUCAAUUAAUUGUUGCAACUCUACCACGGACAAUUUGGUCUUAACUUAACAAACAUAAUUGUUUCUUUUAAUUAACUUAAUCCACCAUGCUGUCGUACAGUAAAUAUUGUCCGAUAAACCCUUUUCCAUAAGUAGGAAACAAAUGCAAACGUGUGCCGGUAACUGAGCUAUUCUUACGCUUUGUAACGCGGAAAUGUCGACUGUCGGGACCUUUUUCAACCGAGGACACCCUGUAAAUAUACAUGUAGCCAUUCAUUGUUUGUCAUCGCGCCGUUUCGGCGUCGUCCCGCGCCGUUCUUGGUUCGUCAUGACACUUGGAGGUCACACGUAAAGCGGCGUAUCCAAUAUUUGCAGUGGCUUAAAACAUGUCUCCUUGUGAAUUAUAUGUGUGUGUGUAUAUAUAUAUAUAUAUAUAGAGAUAUAUAUAUAUAUAUAGAGAUAUAUAUAUAUAUAUAUAUAUAUAUAUAUUGUGUGUGUGAAUGGUAUGUCCGGUUUUGCAGGAACUAUCUACUCAACGCCACUGCACUGCGUUUGCCCUACCUGUAGCAUAGCAGAUGGAUAAUAUUUAACCACGUGUGAUUUGUUGCCAUUAUGUGUUAAGGUCAGUUUUGAGUCAUGUCGCUGCCUACUGAGGGAAGGCAAAAAGAAAAACGAGCUGGGCUGCUUUGUGACUUUUGCUCUCUGACCAAACUUACCGUUUGGCUUGAACGUGGACGCCUGCUUUGUCUUUACUUUCUGUUGUAGAGUUUUACCAAACAUCAUGAAUUGACAUUGACCAGUUUGGGUCACAUGUACAAACAAAUGGAUCUUUAAAAAAAAUAUGUAUGUUAUUAUUCUGUAUUUAACUUUUUUUUAUAUGCCCCCUCGCAUCAUUUGAAGAGAAAAAAAAAUGAUUUGCAUUGUUUAUCAAACGGUUAAGGUUGUAACUCAUAAUAUUCUAUAAAUAUAGAUAAACAUUUACAUAUAUAGAUAUAAAUCAGUUUCAAAAAUCUUAUGAUACAUCACAAUAUCGAUAAGUGUAGAGUUUAGUGUCAAUAUCCGAUGAUGAUGAUGGCACAACAAUUAUAUGACAAAUGUAUAUUUUAAAAUAUACUAUUAUGUCAUCAGUGGCAGUAUAGAAGAUCAGUAUCAAUAUCUGAUGGUAGGUCGAUACUGUACCAUGAGGGAUAAAAAUGCAGUAAAUCAAUAUUUUGACAAUGAUAAUGAUAACAUUGUGCAUUAAGCAGUAAUCAAUAACUAGAAAACAUCAAACAUACAUCAUAAUAGCAUAAUAACAGAAGAGAACGUAAUAGCAGUAUCGAGCAUCAGUAUCUGCAUCUCAUGACGAUACUGUACCGUUAGAGAAUCCAAGAUUGCAAUAUUUUGUGAAUGAUUACAUCCUGAAGAAAUUGUGAUGAUUAAAAAAAGUGUUUGUUGGUAUAGCGAUACUGUACCGUAAGUGACAACAUUGCAAUUUAUGGCUGUUUUCAUAUUUUAUCUCGUGUCUCUGUUUUAAACCUUAAGCUCUGUUAAAGUAAGUUCUGAUAUCUGCAGAAUUCUGACUUUUUAAAUGAAAAGAUUAUUUAUUAAAUGUGUGCAAUAGCUAGAAAGUCUACAUAACACUAUACUAAAUAUUCUAAAUUCAGAAUUCUGACGUUGGUAUGAGAAGUCUCACUUGAAUGUUCACACAUAGAAAUGAUUCAAAAUAAAGCCGGAAUUUUGACUUCAACCUGACUUAUAAAAUGCAUUAUGAUCAAACCAAAAUAUAUAUAUACAUAUAUAUAUAUAUUUUUUUUUGUAAUUUUAAUAUUUUAUUUUAUUUUAUUUUUUAGGAAUAAGCGAAAAUUCUCAUACUUGAGUAAGAAUUCGGAGCUUCGGCCAGAGCUUUGCAGAUAUUUUAUUUUUAUAUUAUUUAUUCUGAGCAAGGUCAAGCUUCUGUGAACAAUACUCCUCUUGUGUUUUUGCUGAACUGACUCCACGUUGAGUUUGACGAGUAUUCAGGUGAGCUCAGGGAACAUAGCGUUGUAGCAAACACGAGAUCAAAAACGGUCAAACGGGGCGUUCGGUUCCGAGGAGGAGCUUUUGUGCAAUAUACUGAGCCAGGGCAGUUCACUCAGAAAAUGCAGCUCCUUUUUUUUGCUUUGUUUUUUCUGGUGUAUGUCUGUUUUUUGUUUUUUUUCCCCUCAUCCUUUUAUCAUGCUGUGGCCUUGCAUCGCUUUGGUAGUAAAAACAAUCUGUGUGCUUCUCUUCUACAUGGCGUAGGAACCGUAGAUGUAAAUGUUUGUACAUUGUACAGCACCUUUCUAAAUAUUCGCUCGACGCUCUAUAAGGGGGGGAGGGAUAAGAACAAAAAGAACAAAAGAGGUGUAUUCAUGAAAUUGCCCCAUUAUUUUUUUAUGUAAAAAAGAAAAGGAAGAACAUAUUUAAAAAGGCAUUGGAAAAGGAUAUUGACAUGGUGUUCUGUUCAUGCACUGAAUAAUAAAGUUUUACUGAAAAACA